UCAUCAUCGUCAUCAGCAUCAGCAUUAUUAUUAACGAAUUCAGUAGAGAAUGGUAUUGGGUGAAACAUACAAACCGGUGACACCGACACGUGAUCCAUUGGUGAUACAAGACACACCACCAGCAAAGACAAUCAAAAAUGUAAACGACUCAUUUUUCAUCAAAUAUACAUUCUCAUUUUUGGCUGCCAGCUGUGCAGAGACGAUAACCUAUCCAUUGGAUCUAAUCAAAGGGCGACUGCAAAUACAGGGUGAAUUGGCAUUCGAACAGCAUGCUAAAACUAAGCGACAUAUUCCGAAACGUGGAAUGUUUGGCACUGCCGUCGGUAUUGUACAAGAAGAAGGUUUCCUACGAUUAUGGCAAGGUCUAUCACCUGCAAUUUAUCGUCAUGUUGUUUAUUCCGGUGUACGAAUGACAUUCUAUGAAUAUAUACGAGAAGAAUUAUUGGGUAAAAAUGACGAUGGUACCAUACCGUUGUGGAAAGCAUUAAUCGGUGGCACUGUAGCCGGUGUUACAGCACAAUUUUUGGCCAGUCCAGCCGAUCUGGUUAAAGUUCAGGUACAAAUGGAAGGCCGACGACGAUUACAGGGACUGGAACCACGUGUUCGUAAUGCAAGACAUGCAUUCAUGAAAAUUUACUACGAAGGUGGUAUACGUGGCCUAUGGAAAGGUUGGAUGCCAAAUUGUCAACGUGCUGCAUUCGUCAAUCUGGGUGAUCUAACCACAUAUGAUACGGCCAAACAUCUCAUAUUGAAACAUACAAAUAUGAAAGACAAUAUCUACCUGCAUGCAUUAUCAAGUGUAUGUUCUGGUCUGAUUGCUGCAUUAUUGGGCACACCAGCCGAUGUAAUCAAAACACGUGUUAUGAAUCAACCAACCGAUAGUAAUGGUCGUGGCCUUUUAUAUCGUUCAUCGAUGGAUUGCCUAAUCAAAUCGGUGAAAGGUGAAGGUUUCUUGUCCCUAUACAAAGGUUUUAUACCAUGUUGGAUUCGUAUGGGACCAUGGUCAUUAUUAUUCUGGCUAAGUUAUGAAAAAUUACGCAAAUUAUGGGGUGUAACGUCAUUCUAAAGCCAAAGUAAAAUGAAAAUCGACAUAAUCUCCACUCACCAUAUAUUGUAUCUUGCCAAUGCUAAAAACCAAAAAUGCCCUCGUCUUGAAUUUACUUUUCUUGUUGAAACAAUCUCUGAUCAGAACAAUCAAAUCGCAUAUAUCCAUUAGUUGCAGAACAUUAUCUCAUGUAUCUGUGCUAUAAAGAGAAUAAAUUUUCAAUUUUUUUUAGAAAACCAAA